UGUUGGCUUGGAGGUGGUAGCCCGAGGAACUCCUGGCUUCACUGAUGGUGUCGCUGGCAGUUUUCCGUCAUUGGGGUCUGUUGUCAGGCCUCUUCCAGUGGCAUUUCCUGUUGCUGCUGGCCUCAGCAUCCUCACUGGCCGCCUCACAACUUUCUACAAGUGGUGCUCUCACAGUCAGAGAUCAUCAAGAUCCUGCCGCGCCUAGCUCUCAGCCAUUCCAGCAACCGCAACGAAAAGUUACACACGUGGUGGCAUCUACCGCACUAACAUACGCAGCAACACCGCCAAGGACACGGCAAUUGCCGCAACACAUGCAACCAACAGAAACACCACCAUACGCAGCAGCAGCAUCACAACCACGACUUUUGUCACUAUACACACAACUAUCAUCCAAAUCAUACACGCUAGCAGCAUCAGUACCAACACUCCUUAAAAAAGUAACUAAAGGAGGUAGUGUAUUGGAUGAAAUAAGCGCAGGGCCAGUAAGAGAGUCUUUACUCCCUUCGACAGAAAAGGACUUACACGGAAAGAGAACCUCGCCAGCAGAAGUGCCACAGAUCAGCAGCGGGUGGUUCUUGAGUGAUACGGAAGAAAGCUCAUUGUCUCGCCUACUGCUGCAGGUGGUGAGGCAGGAAAUGAUGGGAUGCGCUCUGGUGGUAGCUUAUGACUCUCCGUAUCACCAUACCAGGGCCCUGCAGAACCUCCUGCAGCUCUCACAACCCAAACAGGUGAAGCACCACCAUUAUUCAGACUUGAUAAAUGAAUUAUUUAUGUCUUCUUCCUCUCUUCUUGCGUCAUCGUGUCUUGGGAGGCAGCAGGUGGUGGAGGUGGGAGGUGUGACUGACCUGGCUGGUAUGUUGUGGAGGUCUGUACUGUGUCGCGGAUACCUCCUGCUGCUCACGGACCCCGCCCCUCUCCUAGUCUUCGCCAACACUGACGAAGACAUUUGGGACUUUGAUGGCAGGUUCGUGGUGGUGGGAACAACCAAGGAACAACUACAAAAUUUGGCUCUGUCUAAGAAAGGCGUCAAGACGGAGCAUCUGGUGGGUCUAGUCAAGUCAGGGGGUGACGGGUACUGGGUGUUGUACACAAACACCUUAUACCAAGACAGUCUCCUGCGUCGUCUCACUACCUGGAGAAGCACCUCCUUCACCACCUCCACCUCGCUUUUCCCAGAGAAGCUGAGCAACCUUCAGGGCGCCCUGCUCAAGGUGUCGACCUUCGAGUGGGAGCCCAGUGUCUUGUAUUACCGUGACAAAAACGGUACGGUGCAGUUCCCGUAUGGUAUCGACAUCGAGGUGGUCAACGCCCUCUCCAGAGUGCUUAAUUUUACGGUGGUCUUCGAGGAACCUCCACCAGGUGAAUUCUGGGGCGUGAUGAACGAUAACGGGUCUUGGUCUGGCAUGAUGGGUAGACUGUCCAGGAGUGAGGCAGACAUCGGUGUUGCCAACUUAUUCUUAACCUUGGAUCGACUAGGAGCCGUUGAUUACAGUGCUCCAUAUGAUGCAGAGGUGAGUUGUUUCAUGGUGCGCAGUGAUCCACUAGCACCACGCUGGUUGUCGUUGGUGCUUCCCUUCCAGGGAGCGACGUGGGCGACGCUGGUGGGUGGGGUGGUCAUCACCGGCCUCAUCAUCACCUUCCUUGCCUCCGUCGCGGCAAGAUGCGGCGGAGGGGAGGUGAAGAACCUUAAGUCUCCGGUCUUUGCCUUCUUCUUUGCAUUGAGCAUGCACUUCAGGGAUCCGCAAGCGGUGCUCCCCCGACGGAUCCACAUGCGAAUCUUCAUCAGCUUCCUUGGGCUCUACACCAUCAUCAUCACCACAGCCUACUGUUCCAACCUCGCCGCCUUCCUCACUGUCACGCGUCCUCCUCAAGGGAUGGACACCGUCAAGGAACUUCGCGACUCCGGCUUACAGAUCGCUGGGCUAGGCGGGUUCUUCAAGGGUGCCCUGGCCUCCGCUGUCGAUCCUUAUCUUCAGAGUCUAGCGGAAAGGUUCGUUGCUUACCAGAACUUGGAGCUGGUGUGGCCCAAGCUGAGGAAGAGUAGGGCAGCCUAUCUUCACAACCGUCAGUUUCUCGAGUUCGUCAUCACUACCCAGUUCACCAAACAGGGCGUCACUAGUAUGAGGAUCAUGAAGGAGUGUUUUGCCCCGUACAGCAUCGCCAUGGCUCUACAACGCCACUCACCACUCAAGACCAACUUCGACCGGGUCAUCAGGUGGAUGCUGGAGAGUGGUCUGGUGCGUCGGUGGUUCCUGCAGUCACUCAGACUCUCACGCACGAUACAAGACAAGAAAGCGAGUAAUGAGGGAGACUCUUCUAAAAGUUCAGAGCCCUUAGAUGCAGAAGAAGUGGCGUCGACAAGUGGUGUGAUCCAGCCACUGGGCAUCCAGCACAUGCAGGGACUCUUCUUCAUAUUGAUCAUCGGAUACUUAUGUUCGCUACUUGUUUUUCUUCUCGAAAAUUGCUUUAAGAAGCUAUAUACUGAUUUUUUUGGGGCGAAAAAUAAGCAAAAUGCUGAUAGAUAUGGUGUGCACAGUAAACUGUCCACUUCUGCGGCAGAAGUAGGAAGGCCUGUGUUCUCGGGACGACCUUCACAACACAGGAAGGCACACGAAGCAGCCUUCCACGCCUCUUUCCCAGGGAUCGAUUUACAGCUCUUGGCCUCGCCUCUUCUCUAG